UUUUGUUAAUUUAAAUUUGUUUGUUGAGCAUCCUGGCAUGUAUAUAAAUGAUGUUUUGAUGAAAUUUUGAAUCAUUCAUAUUCGAACAUUAUUGAUUGAUUGAUUAUUUCCCUGAUUAAUUAGACAAAAUGCUCAAACGUAUCAUAAUAUUGUUGGCCAUUACGGUGCUUAUAUUCAACGAACAAAUAGUAUGCCGUAAUCUUUUAUCAACCAUACGUCGAACACGUCAAUUACAACCACAACCGGAGGAACAACCCUCACCAUCACCAUAUUCGUUUAAUAUAGAAUCUGUUGAUGAAAAUGGUACCGUAUCGCGAAGACAGGAACAAGGUGAUGAACAAGGACGUGUGACUGGACAAUAUUCGUUUCAAAAUCCGCAAACCGGUAUCUAUCGUAUAGUAUCAUAUACUUCGGAUGAAAAUGGUUUCAAUGCACGUGUUGAAACAAACGAACCCGGUACAAUAACAUCUAAUCCGGCUAAUGUUGAAAUCAUCUCAGCAGCUGUGCAGGAAGCUUAAUUUUUCUGAUCUAAUCAAUGAGAAUUUUUUGUUGUUGAAAAAAUGUAAAACUAGCCACUCUUCCUUGUUGUUAUCAACAUAUAUAUUUUUCCCAAAUAUCCUUGAUCAAAAAAUAAGUGAUUGAAAAUCGAAAUAUUUUUUUUAUUAAAUAAAAUUUGUUUUUUUU